AUGGCUCCUGAAGAGAAAAACAAGAAAGCCCGCCUGCGCUCUAUCUUCCCUGGAGGAGACAAAACCAACAAGAAGAAAGAGAAGGAGCGCCCAGAAAUAUCACUUCCCUCAGAUUUUGAGCACACCAUUCAUGUUGGGUUUGACGCUGUAACGGGAGAAUUCACAGGAAUCCCGGAACAAUGGGCGCGCCUCCUCCAAACGUCCAAUAUCACCAAACUGGAGCAGAAGAAGAACCCCCAGGCUGUGCUGGACGUACUGAAGUUUUAUGACUCCAAAGAGACCGUCAACAACCAGAAAUACAUGAGUUUCACCUCUGGAGACAAAUCUGCACAUGGGUACAUUGCUGCAAAUACUCUGAACCGGCUGCUGUCGUCUGGGCCUCCCGUCAGCCUCAGAACCUGCAGCGCAUUAUUUGACAAGGGUGCCAAAACCUCCACAGAGCCACCCAUCGCUCCCCCAGUGUCAGAGGAGGAAGAUGAGGAGGAGGAAGAAGAAGAGGAGGAGGAGGAAGAGGAGGAAGAAGAAGAUGAGGUGCCGCCGAUGAUCGCGCCUCGACCUGAACACACCAAAUCUAUCUACACGCGGUCCGUCAUGGAUCCUCCAAAGCCCCCCACCCCAGUGAAAGAGGUGCCCACGCCCCCCGAGUCCCAGGUGCAGACCGACAACACGCCCAACACCCUGUAUCGCAACACGGACCGACAGAGGAAGAAGUCCAAGAUGACUGACGAGGAGAUCCUGGAGAGACUUAGGAGCAUCGUGAGUGUCGGAGAUCCCAAAAAGAAGUACACACGGUUUGAAAAAAUAGGACAAGGGGCGUCUGGCACUGUGUAUACAGCUAUUGACAUAGCAACUGGCCAAGAGGUGGCCAUUAAACAGAUGAAUCUUCAGCAGCAGCCCAAGAAGGAGCUGAUCAUCAAUGAGAUCCUGGUGAUGAGGGAAAACAAGAACUCUAAUAUAGUCAAUUAUCUGGACAGUUACUUGGUGGGGGACGAGUUGUGGGUGGUGAUGGAGUAUUUGGCUGGAGGCUCGUUGACAGAUGUAGUGACAGAGACGUGUAUGGACGAGGGCCAGAUCGCUGCGGUCUGCAGAGAGUGUCUUCAGGCGCUGGACUUCCUUCACUCCAACCAGGUUAUUCAUAGAGAUAUAAAGAGUGACAAUAUCCUUCUUGGGAUGGAUGGAUCUGUUAAACUCACUGACUUUGGGUUCUGCGCUCAAAUAACACCAGAGCAAAACAAGCGCAGUACGAUGGUGGGCACGCCCUACUGGAUGGCUCCAGAGGUCGUGACAAGAAAAGCCUACGGACCCAAAGUGGACAUCUGGUCCCUGGGCAUCAUGGCAAUAGAAAUGGUAGAAGGAGAGCCACCAUAUUUGAAUGAAAAUCCCCUGAGGGCUCUGUAUCUUAUAGCAACUAACGGCACCCCAGAGCUGCAGAAUCCAGAGAGACUAUCAACAGUUUUCAGAGAUUUUCUUAAUCGUUGUUUGGAAAUGGAUGUGGACCGUAGAGGCUCAGCCAAAGAGCUACUGCAGCAUAACUUCCUGAAGCUGGCAAAGCCUCUGUCCAGCCUGACGCCUCUGAUUGUAGCUGCAAAGGAAGCCAUAAAGAACAGCAGUCGCUAG